AUGUCUUAUCAGAUUGCAUUCGAGCCUUCUCAGGCACCGGCCCAGGGAUCCACCAUCGUAUCCUUCAUGGAGGACUUUUAUCGAACAAGUGACACGGAAUCUCUACACGCGAAGUACGUCGAAAGUUUCACGAACGACGCAACUUUGAUCAUGGGCUCGAAAGAGGCCAAAGGAUCAGAGGAAAUAUUGAGACUACGCCACGGCCUCUGGACACACGUAGCGUCUCGCAGGCACACGCCUGAGCGCAUCUUUUUCAGCGGCAAUAAUAGCAUCAUGCUACAUGGCGGAGUCACGUAUCGGCUGAAAGCUGAUCCGGAGACGGACGUAUAUAUUCCCUGGGCGGGACGAGUGGAGUUUGCGCCGUUCGAGGACGGGGAGCCGGUGAAAAUGCAGUUUUACCAGGUUUAUUUGGAUCCGUCUGCGCAAAGUGGAAAGAGGUAA